UAACUACAUAGUUCUCCCCACAUUUUACCAUAUCGUAUAAGAUCAUACCAAUCCACAAGUAUAGCAUAGACACAUUCCCCUAGACUCACAGCAUUUGUUCAUUAUAUCAAAUCAACAUGUCUACACCCAAUCCAACACCGUCGCCCCUCUUCACCGUCCCCAUCACCUCCACCAGCGGCACCUUCACCUGCACGAACCCGUCCGCGGCGGAACAAGACCGCAACAUCUACAUCCUCACCUUCACCUCCCCGCCAGACAACCGCCUCACGCCCACCUUCAUCGACGCCUUCCUGCUGGCCCUCGACAUCAUCGAGCACCGCUACCCCAAGGGCGUCGUGAUCACCACCAGCGGCAUCCCCAAAUUCUACAGCAACGGUCUCGACCUCGAACUCGCGCAGUCCACCGAGGGCUUCGUCGAGAAAUGGUUAUGGAAGUUAUUCCGGCGCUUACUUACCUACCCAAUGCCAACCCUCGCCCUCGUGAACGGCCACGCCUUCGCCGGCGGCCUCAUGCUGGCCAUGUACCACGACUACCGGAUCCAGAACCCCAGCAAGGGGUACCUGUGCAUCAACGAGCUGGAGUUCGGGGUGCCGCUGCAGUCGCCCAUGAUGAGCGUCUUCCGGGAGAAGCUGUCGGCGACCGCGUUCCGCGACCUUGUGCUCGAGGCCCGGCGUUUCGGCGGGCCCGCCGCCUCCCGCGAGGCCGGCCUCGUCGACGCGUACGGCGGGCUGCCGGAGGCGGUGCAGCUCGUGCGCGAUCGCGGCCUGCAGAACAAGGCUGCCACUGGCAUCUAUGGGAUGAUGAAGGAGGAGAUGUGGCGGCAGUCGUUGGGGAUUCUGGAUGCGCAUGCGGAGAUGGUGGCGUGGCGGGAUCGCGUGGAGGAGCGGAAGGCGGAGGAGGAGGGGGCCGCGAGGGGGAGGGUCGAGGCUUGGGAGAGUGAGGUUAAGGCUAAGCUUUGA